UGGUUUUGCGUUUCAUGUUAUUAUUGUUGUGAUUAUAAACUUAAAGAAAUAUAAAAAGAAAAUAAAAUGAAAUCUUAAACUGUAAACAAGCUAUAAAGCAGGCGCAUAUUGUGUCAUUAUUUUCCCUUGUUUUGUGUUUUUUUUCUCACCCCCCUUUCCCCACAUACGUACGUAGAGCGAAAAUUGGAAAAACUACAAAAGGGUGGCAAAUUGUUGGACUCCCUGCAGGAGAAGAGAGAGGAUUGUAUUCGAACCCUGCUGGCCGCUGACGGUGUGCCAGCCACAAGACUCGAGCAAUUGUUUGACUUUGAUUCGCCCAUCGAAAGCGGCCGUUUGCAUCGUCAUCUAAUUCCCGUGCAGGCGGUAACAGUGGGCGAAACACUUCAGAUUGUGAACUACGACGCUCUCGAGGAUCAGACGCAAGACGAAGAGCGAAAGGAAAGCAGCAACCAGACGUACACGAAAAGGAAGUCAUAUAGAGUGGCGUAUAAUGGACUCAACGUUUGGCAAAGUGUUUUUGUUUCUCACUGAUUUGGCGUGGAAGAGUCGCUUAACCAUACCAGUUCUAGUGACGACAGCCUUCCUGGUCAUGGACAUUCGGCUGCAGAUUGAGAUUAAUAUAGAGACGGGUCAAGUGAAUGCCAGCGAUAUGGAGGAGGCCGAGGCCUUUGAGGAACACCUGAUCGGUGGUCAUGAUUUGGAUGAGGAGAGCGAGUAUUCGGAUGAUCUCGAGGAUCACAGCGAGUACAGCAAUGGAGAUGGCGGCAACACCAGCAACAGCAGCAACAGCUUACGCUACAGCGUCGAUAACUACGAUGAUCUGGGCUCCGAGUAUGAUAAUGAGCAUGAUAUUGAAGCUUAUUUUGUGAACGAUAGACAUCUAGCUUCCACUUUGAAUUUAAAUUAAAUGAGUAAUGCACGAGAUGAUAUUUACCAUAUAUAUAAAAUUAGAUAUAUAAAUAUAUAUAUGUUCAUAUGUAUGCAUGCCUAUAGUAAAGUAUGUAACGUAUAUAUGUAUUUCGGUUUAAUUAUAAUCACAAAAAUAUGAAAUCAGAUCUCAAAGCCAGUCAA